UUUCUCACGUACACGACGUGACGUGCAUGGUAGCCUACUGGCACUGGCAAAGCUGCACACACUGCAUUCCUCUAUUUUGAUGACAAAUGAUUUGUCCAAUGGUUUCUUUAGUUUAUGAUGCAUAUACAGGCUGUUAAAUUAGCAAAGUAUUACAGAUGCGUUUCCCCAAUCCCUUUGCGCUAUGAUCUGUCGUGGUUCAUUCCUCACUGGGAGGGACCUGAAGUGCAUCACCACCAGUCGUCGUUCAUGAAACAUGUUGUUGUGAACAGCUUCGGCUCGGGUUGAUCCAUCAUAUAGUUCUCAGUCAGUCAAGUCGACUGUCUCCUUGGGUUUCCCUUUAAUCGUGGAUGUGCGCUUCCAUUUGUUAACAGACCAGCGAGUGACUGGAGCAAUGGCGAGCGCUGAUGGGAACGAGAUUGAGCCCCUGGCGGUCUGCUCCGUGGCCCCCACGCUGGACAUGAGGCGCUUCUCCAAGGACCAACACAACCUGAGUCCAGAGGAGGUGGACGGCCUCAUGAAUAACGGUGAGGGCCGGCCUUUCCUCGUGGUGCACGCCCUGUUGGAUGUGAAGAAGAUCGGGGUGCCUAUACUCAUGACGGGAGCCCCCAUCACCUGCAGAGUGGAGAGCACAGAGAGACAUACGACACGAUCCAAGGUGAGUGUGUGCACCCUGUACACGGUGCGGCUGACCCAUGGGCCCUUUACCUGGACGGUCAAGAGGAAGUAUCGGCGCUUCCAGGAGCUCCAUCGAGACCUCUACAAGCACAAGAUGCUGAUGCACUUCAUGCCCCUGGGCAGAUUUGCAAAGGCGAGGCAACAGCUGCGGACAAUGUCGGCGGAGAUGCCCAACCUCAACAGCUCCGACAGGGGUCGGAGAACCUCCAGCAAGCCGAAAUAUCUGGAGGAAUACUUGAACGGACUCCUGGAAAAUGAGUUCUGCAAGAAUGAUCACGGCAUGCUGGAAUUCCUCGAUGUCAGUGCUCUUUCUUUCAUCAAUGACCUUGGGGCCAAAGGCCUGGAGGGGCCCAUCUUCAAGAGAUCCGGCGGUCAUCGCAUCCAGGGCCUGAACUGCAUCGGGCACCACCAGUUCUGCUACCGCUGGUCCCGGCGGUGGCUGGUGGUCAAGGACUCUUUCAUGCUGUACAUGAACCGCGACCACGGGGUCAUCUCCUUCGUCCUGCUCUUUGACCCCGAGCUCAAGGUCAAAGUGGGCAACUCUUACACCGACACAAAGCACGGCGUGUGCAUCGAAAACUUUACACGAAACCUGAUCAUCAAGUGCAGUAAUUACCGACAGGCCCACUGGUGGAGCCAUGAAAUUGACAAUAUCACGGUGGCCUGUGACUUCGUCAGAUGGCAGCGCUACGAAGGCUUCGCCAUGCCGCGGGAGAACACCCUCACUAAAUGGUACGUGAACGGCAGCGGUUACUUCUCAGACCUGGCCGAUGCCCUCGAACAAGCCAAAGAAGAGAUCUUCAUCACUGACUGGUGGCUAAGCCCUGAAGUGUUUCUGAAGAGGCCUGCCACAGACACUCGCUGGCGUCUAGAUGAGAUUCUCAAACGCAAAGCAGAGCAAGGCGUCAAGGUGUGUGUGCUCCUUUAUAAAGAGGUGGAGUUGGCGCUGGGCAUCAACAGUGGGCACAGCAAGAGGACUCUGAUGGAUAUGCACCCCAACAUCAAGGUGAUGCGCCACCCGGAUGUGUCUUCGGUGGUCAUCCUGUGGGCCCACCACGAGAAGAUGGUGGCCAUCGACCAGUCUGUGGCCUUCGUGGGGGGUCUGGACCUAGCGUUCGGUCGUUGGGACGACAGCCAGUACCGCCUGACAGACCUGGGCUCCACGGAUCAGAGCAACCAUGUGACCCAGGGGAAUGAUGUCCCCGAUGGCCCGGCCACAGCCACGGCGUCCGAGCCCCCAGAAGCCCUUGAUCCAAAGGACUUGGCUGAGAACACUAAGCUCUGGCUCGGCAAAGACUACAGCAACUUCAUCCGCAAGGACUGGGUUCAGCUGGACCGUCCCUUUGAAGAUAACAUCGAUCGGACUCAAGUGCCCCGCAUGCCGUGGCGGGACUUUUCCGCAGCCAUCCACGGCAAAGCAGCCAGGGACGUGGCCCGCCACUUCAUCCAGAGGUGGAACUUCACCAAGACCUUCAAGAACAAGUACAAAGACGACUUCUACCCUUGCCUUCUGCCCAAGUCCCACAGCACUGCAGAAAAGUUGCCCUUCACGGUGCCCGGCUCCGGCAGGGCGACAGUACAGGUGUUGCGUUCUGUGGACCGCUGGUCCGCAGGAACCUGUGAGCAGUCCAUCCUGAACGCCUACGUGGACGUCAUCGAGAAGAGCGAGCACUACGUUUACAUCGAGAACCAGUUCUUCAUCAGCUGUGCGGACGACAAGAGCGUCUACAAUGGGAUCGGGGACGCCAUCGUGAACAGAAUCCUCAGGGCUCACAGUGAGCAGAAGACCUACCGAGUGUUUGUGGUGGUGCCACUGCUGCCCGGGUUCGAGGGAGACAUCAACGAGGGCGGAGGAAACGCCAUCCAGGCCAUCCUGCACUUCACCUUCAGGACCAUGUGCAGGGGAGAACACUCCAUCCUGACCCGACUGAGAGAAGUGGAGGGCAAGUGGACGGAGUACAUCACCCUAUGUGGCCUCAGGACGCACGGCAGGCUGGCCGACGCCCCCGUAACAGAGCUCAUUUACGUCCACAGCAAGACCCUCAUCGCAGACGACCGCCGUUACAUCAUCGGCUCUGCCAACAUCAACGACCGCAGCAUGCUGGGCCAACGGGACAGUGAACUGGCGGUGCUGGUGGAGGACGAGGACAGGGUUCCCUCCCUCAUGGACGGGAAGGAGUACCAGGCCGGGCCCCUCGCCCUGGCCCUGCGCAAGGAGUGCUUCAGGGUUCUAGUGGGAGCAGCCUCAGAGCCCAGCAUCAACAUCGACGAUCCCAUCUGCGACGAAUUCUUCUUUUUGGGCUGGAAUGCGGCGGCUAAAUUGAACGCCGCCAUUUAUGAGAAGGUGUUCUGCUGCCUGCCCUCUAACUCGGUGCACAACAUGCGGGAGCUGAGGGAGAACGCCGGCAAGGAGCGCCUGUGCGACGCGGACCCCCAGCAGGCGCGCGAGGAGCUGAGGGCCGUGCGGGGCCUCCUGGUCCAUUUCCCGCUGCAGUUCCUGUGUGAGGAGAACCUGCUGCCCCCGCUCAACAGCAGAGAGGGCAUUGUGCCGGUGGGGCUGUGGACCUGAGGGCCAGCAUGAAGACUGCCCCAGCGCCUCCACCCUGCAGAAGAACCAACCCUGUUAUAUGAAGCGUCCAUAACAGGAAAUUAGCUCUUCUCACCCUCCACCACUUGAUGACAAUAUUGCUCGUUUUCAAAAUCGUUUUUAAUCCCCCCCCCCCCCCCACUCCCUGUAAUCUGCGGCCUGGAAACCGUAUGACUAACAAUGACCUCAUGUUUUGUCUUUGCGGCCUGUGCUAAUCUCUGUACAUUGGCAUGCGCUGUGUGACAAUAGGGCUUUUGUUGAGGGCGAGGAGUUGGCUUUGGGUUUUCCUUGGAAUGCAUUCAAAUACAAUAACCUCCGGUCCAAAUUAAGUCAUUCAUCUGAGGAAUUUUUUGAUACUAUGUGAUAUAUAUUUUUAUAUAUGGUCUGAAAUGAUCAGUUUUGCGUGGCUUUUUUUUGGUUAAGAAGCCUUAUUAAAAGUUAGGUAAGCGUGAACUGGAAGAAUUUAAAGGCCAAGUCUCUAAUAAUACUCACAAAACAAAUAUUUUAUAUAGUUCUUUUCUAUGUUUUGAAAAAAAGUUAAUACCAAUGAAAACCUAAACUAAAAACUUUUUUCUUUUUUUUUUUCCUGAAAUCAAUUCAUUUAAUAAACCGUGUAUGCACGGUUUAUUUCAUGAAUAUUUUUUGUAAGAGAUUGAUUAUUCUUUGGCUAGAGGUCAUCUGAACCACCGUGAUGAUAAUGAUGUAAAUGAACAUCUGAACCUUAAUUUCCAUGUUGUAACAAGAUUCGCACAUCUCAGUGGAUUUGGGUACAUGGUGUACAUUUAUUCUAGCAAGCAUCUCGGGAGGGUGGGAGGAAAUAUUCUCUCUCUCUCUCUCUCUCUCUCUCUCUCUCUCUCUCUCUCUCUCUCUCUCUCUCUCUCUCUCUCUCUCUCUCUCUCUCUCUCUCUCUCUCUCACUGCAGUGCCAGCAAAUCUGUCAGAACAUUUGUGGUUGUUAUGGCGACUGACACAAAGAGGGAAGAGCUGAGUGGAUGGUAGCUAAAAUAAAGAUUGGACACCAGCGUAUGAGACAUGAAUGAUUGACGGGGGAUGGGGGGGUCCCGUUUAACCAUGUUCAACAGGACUUGCUGGCUAGCUCAAAACCUAUCGCAUAAAAGACUGAAAUAGAAUUUGUCAGAACCAACACCCCAACGAUUUUCCGUAUCCAACUGAAAGGGCAAAUACUGGUGGAAGGAUUAUUAAGGAUAUUUGAAUGCAGCUUGCAUUGAUAAUAUACAUUUUAAGAUGUCACCAUGACAACCAGGUGAAUAAUACUGCAGUCCAGUUUGAUUUCUUUGGCUGUAGAACAUUUCGGUCACUCCCAAUUGUUCAGUUGGAUAAAGAUAUCUGCUUCUGUAAUCCUGUAAUAAUGCAGUUCCCAUGGGCCAUCUACCUUGAAUGUCUACAUAUAUGUUUAUGUGUGCAUAGACAUGUUUACACUCAAAGUAGAAACUUUAAAGAUUAGUUUGUAAGGAUCAGUACCACUAUAAUUAAGGACCCAGUUGUUGCACAUCAGUUAGACACUCCCGAAAACACUAGAUUACAGAUAAAGUGUAUAUAUUUUUCUACUGCAUUGUUAAACUCAUAUGAUAUCGAUUUGGGCCAUUCUGAUUUCUUGCCUUUCUUUAUUUUCCUAUUAUUCUUAUGACUUAUUUGUCACCGUAGCGGGUAACUAUUGUAAUGUCAUUCCACAGAAAAAAGUGGUAUCACUGGUAACUACUUACAAAGGCAGCACUUUUGUUAGAAAUCGUUUUUUCUUUUAUAUGGUAUUACUGUGAUGACUUAUAGUAAUGAGCAGAAACAUAGAAAUCGUCUGCAUUUUUUUUUCAUCCAAGGGGGACAAACGUUUCCAUGUUUUCGAGCAUUGACCUUUGAAUCAAGUCAUGUUUGUUGGUAUAGAACUUUAUUGAUAAUUUUAUACUCCACCUAACAUUCAGCAUGCCUACAUAAUGCUUUUGUAAUCUUUUGGCCAUCAUGGGCCUUAAAGUCACCCAGUGCAACUUUCGAGGCUUAAAAAUAAACAUUCAAUUUCUAGUCUUUUUUACACGUAGUAAGUUUCAAUAACUCCAUACCAUUACAUACCGACAUUUAAGCAGCAAAGAUGAGACGUCGUUGUGUGGUGAGAACUGAUACAAAAUCGAUAACAACAACAAUGCCGCCAUUUUCUUUAUUUUUUGUAACCUACAUUAAAUAAAGCAGGCUUCCAGUCAAUGGAAAAAUGGCUUCUCCCCACCGGCGAUUGUUGUUGUUUACGAUUUUCUAUCAGUUCUCACCACACAACGACGUCUCAUCUUUGCUCCUUGAAUGUCGAUAUGUAAUGGUAUGGAGUUAUUGAAACUUACUACGUGUAAAAAAGACUAGAAAUUGAAUGUUUAUUUUUCAUUGAAUGUUUACAUAAAGUUGCACUGGGUGCCUUUUAAUUAUUAAGCAUUUUAACAUUGUAAUACAACAUUCCUAACUUUGUUUUAAUCCUGCCAACUUCUAUCAGUAAAUACGUUAAGUCCCAUAAUUCCGUCAGACCAGCAGGGGGGAGUUAUACAGCACUAUAAAAAUGUUUUUUCUAUCACAUAAUUAUCCUGAGAAUUUCAGCUGUUUUGUUAAAUUAACAAUUUGCAUAUAUACAAUAUCAUGCUAUAAUCGGUAUAUCUCUAGAUUUUAAGAUUUCAAACCGGGAAUGGAUUGUGCUUUUAUAUUAAAUACAUUUAUAUGACUGUUAAACACACUGUACUUUAUAUUUACUGAUCUAAUAUUUCAUAUUGCCACAAUCAUAUUGUUUCUAUUAUUUAUUAAUACAAAACUAAUAAAAAACCUUUCUAACCUAUUGA